UGAUGUUUAUUGCUAACUUCAGUGGUAGGUGUAACUACACUUUGUAUUAGAUAAAAAUUUGGGUAUCGUAUUUGCACAAUUUAUAUUUUAGUUUGGUAGAAAAAGAGUUCGUAACAAAAAUGUCUAAAAUUAACGAUAGAGAUCGAGUUCCUAAUUACCAAACUUACAAACUGGUAAUAGUUGGAGGAGGUGGUGUAGGAAAAUCAGCUAUAACUCUACAAUUCAUUCAGAGUUACUUUGCAGCUGACUAUGAUCCUACUAUUGAAGACUCUUAUACCAAACAAUGUGUCAUUGACGAUAUUCCAGCAAAAUUAGACAUUUUGGAUACUGCUGGACAAGAAGAAUUUAGUGCUAUGAGGGAACAAUAUAUGAGAUCUGGGGAAGGAUUCUUGCUUGUAUUUUCAGUAACUGAAAGAUCUAGUUUUGAUGAAAUAUAUAAAUUCCACAGGCAAAUACUUCGAGUGAAAGACAGGGACGAGUUUCCCAUGCUUAUGGUGGGAAAUAAGGUUGAUCUUGAACACCAAAGAGUUGUCUGGCAAGAAGAGGCCCAGCAACUGGCUAGGCAACUAAAAAUCCCGUACAUAGAAUGUAGUGCGAAAAUGCGGAUGAACGUCGACAAUGCCUUCUACGAAUUAGUACGAGUCGUUCGAAAAUUUCAAUUGUCAGAAAGGCCGCCUUUGAAGCCGAAUUACAUCAAGCGAAACAAAAAGAACUGUUGUCUUCUUUAAUCAUUCGAUUUUGUUCGUUUUGCCAUCACAUUUUAUCUUAGAUUUUAAACAACGAUCGGAGUUCCAUCACAACAAAUGGAAAAAAUGUAAUUGCCAAAAAAUUUCCAGAUUUUAUGGUUCUUAUGUAAAGAACGUUUAGUGAUUUGAAAAAAGGUGUUACUUACUUACCGAUUGAUUGUUGUAGAUCAAUAUAUCAGUGGAGAACAUCUACCUUAUUACAGUAACAGUCAGUUUUGUUUUCUAAAAUGACAAUAUUUCAAAUUGGAGUUAUUGUACAAGAGAAAACAGUAGUUUCCUAGAAGUUAUAGCACGAAAAUCAAAAUAACUAAUCAUACCUCAAUAAUCAAAACUUUGUUCUCAGGUUAUGGAUAUAUUCCAUUUAAAAUUUGCACAAAGCGACAAAAAGGGUAGGGAGCUUUAAACGUAGACACUGUAACAGGUAGCUCUUCUUCUUUUUCUUCCUCUUCUUUGGUUUCUUGGGCUUCACCUACAUGGGUAUUUGGCCAGCUCAUCGUCGCGGAAUAAAGCAAGAAUUCCUUUUUCACCUACAAUUUGGUUGGUUGGUAUGGGACAAACAUAACAGAGGUUAAAUGUUAACUCGCUGAGAUAACUGCCGACCUUCUUCUUCAGUCUUCUUCUUCUCCCGAACAAAUAAAUACAGUUGACGUGACAGCACGAUGCAUUAUUCAGUACAUAUACACACAUCAAAUAGGAAAGACGGUCGGUACGAGUAUAUGAUGGAGAUGGGAUAGAUCAAUCAAUACUCGGUCCGGCAAGGAACGGCUCAGAGAUUAAUCAAUACUUAGUCGCCGCGGAAGGAUCGUUUGGCUUUAACUCAAUAAGAAUAAGUUAAGAACCAGGUUGGCCUCCAGACAAGAUCUUUCGGUGAGUGGCGUUCGUCCCAGAUCAAUUCUCCGGUAGAACUCUCCUUCUGUUGCGGCGAAGCUCCUUUUAUAUCAUUCUCGGUGAUAUGGAUAUUAGUUUUUACUAAUUAACGUGUUUUUAAAAAUUUUUCCCCCUACUUAUAUUCAAAAGUUCGUUCAAAACAUGAGAGAGCGCUCUUUACUAAUUCUUGUGGCCUCUUACAAUUCACACACCUUCACUUUACUAUGAGCUAGAUUUCGUGGACUUUCUUCACAUUAUUGGUGUGACGGCAUCGGUGGGCCGUUCACUACAUGGUGCAUCCAAUGUAGAUAUGCGGCCGUUAGCCGUUAAAAAAUUCACGGAGCAAAAUUUGACACUGUAGUCAGAAGGAGCAUUAGUCCCAUAAUAUUUAUCCAGCUUUUUGAGCUUUUCUUUUGUUUCUCGCCGUUUUAUUUCUCAAAUAAUAAUGUUUAAUGGGAGAUCGAACAUCGUUUUUCUUAUAUGCGUUAUUUUUCCAAACACGUCAACUUUAUGCAGCUAUCAUUUUUAUGCACCUCUAAAAAAUAUACUAAUCGCGUCAAAAUUUGACAUAUAUGUUAACAUAAGGUUAGACUUUCUAGAAUUCAUGUUUUUUUGGAGAUCGCAUAGCCCUAAAGCCACCUUUACCCGGUCAAUAUUAUUGAAGCAAUAUCGAUUUUGGUCAAUAUAUUGAACGUGUAAGGAGUAUAUUGAAACAAUAAUAUCAUUAAAAAAAUAUUUCCUCAAUAAUAUUGACCGUGUACAGGUGGCAAUGGAUAAAGGAGGUUAUUUUUCAGAUCAUCAGAUAUAUGCGCUCUAUAAUUCACUAAUUUUAUUGUCGCAAUUUUCAAAUUUAUAAAAACUGUGGGGAAGCAUGACAAGGUUACAUGGUUAUUUUGAGAAUAUUAUGUACGAAUAAUAAUCUCAACACAUUUAUAUUUUAAUUUCUUAAAAUGCGGUGGUUCUCAUGGAACUGUUAUUGGCCUCAUUAAUAGACAAACGUGCAUAUAUUUGGUUAAUGUCGUUGUCCUUAUAGACAAGAAACGUUCUGAAAUAGCUGACAUGUCUUGUCAAAAUCAAUACAAAACUAAAUGUAAUGCAAAAAUUUUGAAAUUCAAUACCUAAGAAGCGCAGGGUACAUACUUAAUAACUUCAUUACCAAUAAAUAUACAGUAAUGUACGGUGUGUGUCACGUCUAAUUUAACAAUAAAUAGAAUUUUUAAAUUUUUUUUAAGUAUCGAGUGCAUCUGUACUGCCUUCCCUCAUUAUGGAGUAUUGGACCCUCUUGCGUUUCUUUUCUACUCCUCUUCUAUUUCUCGCUCUCUGUUUGUUCUCUCCCCAUCUCAUGUCAAUUCUUUCAUGAUCUCUUGUUACAAUUAUUGUUCAGCUAUUACCAUGACUGUUAUUUUCUCUUGUUUUGUUCUUCACCAUAGUUCUGCGUUUGUUAUUUAUUAGGCCAGUAUAUUUUUAGGAUUUUUCCCAACGAUUUAUUUAUAAAGGUUUGUUCGAGUACAUAAUUGUACGGAAAAAAUUAUAAUGCGACCUAUGAACUAUAACUACAUACUGGCCCUUUUUACAUAGUUUAGCAGUUCUUCUUGACCUAUUCUUUUCAAAUAAGUCUCAACAAACAUUUGAAACAUUAUGUGUGAAAACGUUAUCUGUGUUUACGUUUAAAACUACUUACCCUUACCUUAACGAACUUACUCAUCAUCGAAAACAAUAUAUUUAAAUGUAUAAUUGAUAAAACGCAUUACAAGUUUUAAUUAUUUUCUUUGAUCAUUUUUAGAUAUCUAAUAUUGCAAACAUAUUUUUGAAGGUAUUUGUUCUGAAAACAGAUGUGUUGAUCGGUCUAUUUAUCAAUCGAUAUGUAAAAUAUGUAAAACUGGAUGGAUUAAUAUAAAUCAUUUUAAAGUAGGUACUGAUUUGUGUGACGAUACACUUCAUAAAUCAUAGAUUAGAAAAAAUAGCUAGUUCGCUAAUUAGUUAGAAAUAGUGACAAAUUAUUGAAUUAUCUCGUUUAUUAUUAACUUUACGAUAUAAGUGUACCUAAAAAAGUGGAGAGAAUGAUAUUUUAUAUAAUUUUGAUCUCUUUUAUUUUUUGGUAAAAUCAAUGUUUAAGGUCGUAUAGUCCAGGGCCGAAAAAUAAAAACGGGAAAAAAAUCAAUACAGGUAUUUGAAGGUGCUAAAUCGUAGGGGGGAUAUACUUAAUAAAAAAUACAUACAGAGAUACUCGUAAAUCGACAUCAUUUUUUUAUAAACAAAGGCCAAAGUCAGAAAAUAUUGUUUUUUGCCUAUAGCAUUUUUAGUAUCAUAUUUACAGCAAAAG